GAUAGGUCACCAAUAGUCAGGGUCUAAUAUUUUGGGAAUGAUUCCAAUAAAUAUCCAUUGAUAAAAAUAAAUCUUCAUUAUCUUUUCCCCUGGGGGCAGCAGUCAGGUAAGUCAAGAUGGGUGCAUACAAGUACAUCCAGGAACUAUGGAGGAAGAAGCAGUCAAGUGUGAUACACUUUCUUCUGAGGGUACGCUGCUGCCAGUACUGCUGGCAUUCUGUGCUCCCCAGGGCUCUCAGUCCUAUCGACAACCCCAUCCUGCCAGAUAAAGCUUGCAAACUUGAAUACAAAGCCAAACGAGGUGAUGUCAUAUACAGGAUUUGUGUGCCUCCAGGUGGCCACAAACGUCCAGUUCCUAAGGGAGCGACUUACAGCAAGCCUAUCCAUCAUGGUGUUAGCCAGCUAAAAUUUGCACGCAGCAUUUAAUAUGUUGCUGAAAAGUGAACUGGACACCACUGUGGUACUUGGAGGGUUCUUAAUUCUUACUGGGUUGCUGAAGAUGCCAUAUACAAAUUCUUUGAGGUUAUCCGGAUUAAUCCAUUCCACAAAGCCAUUAAAAGAAAUCCUGACACCCAGUGGAUUACCAAAGCAGUCUAUAGGCACAAGGAGAUGUGUGGGCUGACAUUUGCAGGUGGCAAGAGUAGUGACUUUGGAAAGUUCAACAAGAUUCACCACAUUAGUGGUGGUUCUCACCAUGCUGCUUGGAGAAUGUGCAACACUCUUUAGCUCCACAGUACAGCUAAUAUAAGUGAUGUUUGUAAAAUUUGUAACCCAAUAAAAAAUUUAGGCCAGUCUUGUGUGCUUAAAGGUGUUAUUUGUCUGUUAAGCACUCUACUGAUUAUUUCAUGAAUAUUUUGUCAAAUGGAAGUUAAAGUACAAUAGUGUUUGAAGACUACAAGUGAUGAUGUAUCCUUGUUCCUAAGAAGAUAAGCUUUUUUUGUCUUUGUUUUGUCUUACUAGGAAGUUAUAUGUUUGAAACAUGCUGUGAUAUAAUAAGUAUAAAAUAAAUUCCUUAACAGAGAA